AUGAAGCAGGGUUGGGUACACCAUCCCCUCUCAUAUGCCUUGUUGCACCUGGGACCCAUUUUGUCUCAUCCCUCACUGGUGACCCCUCCACUGUGGGUAGCCCUCAAGCCUCCCUUCAAUCAUAUGUUGGCAGUGGUGAAAUUCCAGAAAGACGGCGAAGCCCGGAAGGAUACACUGCUCAGAUAUCUCGGGAGCCUCCCCCGCCUGAGCGCCGUCACGUCCUGCUUCCGGGUCAACCUCCGCCAGGCGAGGAAUUCGAACGCCAUUCUGUCCUAUGCUGUCCGGGAGGAACCUAAUGAAUUGUUUAUAGGUUUCAGCCAUGAAAAUAAAGCUUUAGAGCUUUUAUGCUGCGGCGAUGUCCUGCAAGAGGAAUGGAACUACACACUGCCUCUGCGGGAAUGGGUGUCUGUUUGCGUGGCAAUCGACUUUCAAGAUCGAUACAUAAAGUUUCUCUUCGGUGGCGAGAUCAUACAGCAUAGUUUUAAAGUUUCCGGCAAUCCACUUCUAGAAGUCCGAGGUGGAGGACUUCUCGUGUUCGGCCAGGACCAAGACUCUUACGGCGGAGGCUACAUCAAUAUACAGAGCCUGUGCGCGACCUUGGCUGAUCUCAGAAUCUACGACUAUUGUUUGAAUGACGAUGAGCUGAUGGCCUAUAGCGACUGCAGCUUAGACCUGGCCACUUCGUCAUCUCCCAUCGUCAGCUUCUCUGAUAUUGAACGAGAUUUCGAGGCGAUGAAUGUCGAGAUCAGCCAAAUACAAAAUGACGAAUACUGUGGUGCGCAGCGGAACGACAUCUUGAUCUUUCCCGAGUUUCGGUCCUUCAAGGAGGCUAAACACCUGUGUCAUAUUUCUGGAGGUGAACUUAUGGUUCCGAGGAGCGAGGAGGAGAUCUGGAAACUCUUCAGCAAGACUGUCUAUUAUAUUAACUUUUGCAACAGUGGCUCAAUGACUUCCUUUUGGCUAGGUGUGAAGGGAAAUGUUACCUCACAGUCCUGGGAACAUUAUGCCACCGGCAGUGAACUUAAUUAUACCAAUUUUGUUCAGCACAAAAUUCCUGUCGAGGAGCCCAACAUCUGUGUAGGGUUUGCGGGGAACAACAACACGAAUGCAAAUCAGCAUGGCGGUUGGUAUUCGGUCAGUUGUAGGUUGCGACGAUGCCCUAUUUGUCUUCAGGAUGAAGUGGUGCUGCUGAAAGCUCGUGGUCUGUGUAAAGACUCUCUCUUUGACCGCCAGUAUUUCCUGACUAAUGACAAGGGUUUGAUUACUUUCACUGGCGUUUAUUACUCAAUGAUCACCCGCCACUUUCCCUCCAACGACACUGAUGAUUUGGACUAUGGUUUCUGGCUGCUGAAUCGACUUGACAAGCCCUCAGUAUGGGCAACACUGCGGAUGGACUCUCCCACACAUUACCCACUCGGAAGGCAUCUCUGGAGGGUAGAGAAUGAUGUCUGUGGGAAUUCCACCAUGUCUAUCAUUAUCACGGCAUGCAAAGAACAACAGUUUUCCUGCAGUGACGGCACAUGUGUGGAGUUAAGGCAGCGGUGCGAUAUGGAGCUGGACUGCCCUGAUGAUUCAGAUGAAAUGGGAUGCGAGUUCCUCACUCUGGCUCCCUCCUACAAUAGCGACAACCCUCCUCCACGUCAAGACAUUACUCAGCCAGUUCAGGUCGAGAUUCAUAUUGAUAUCUACGCGAUACGGAAGAUUGACGUGGCCAACUUUCAAUUUACCUGCGAAGUUGAGGUGACCAUGGAGUGGUUCGACUCCCGCCUAAGGUUCCGCCAUCUGAAUAACGCCACUGAACUGAAUUCCUUGACGGGGCUCGAGCAGCAGCCUUGGAGGCCCAAACUGGAGUUCCUGGGAGACAGGAACACGGCCAGCGACGUCCAGGAGCGGUGGGCGACCCUGAGUGUCCGUCGAUACACCAUGCCUCUGGAUGACAACGAUGAGGAAGAGUUUGAAAGUGAAGUGUUCGAAGGCGAAGGAAACUCUUUAUUGCAAGUUCAAAAGCUAACAGUAACGACACCGUGUCAGUUUUAUUUAGAAAAAUUCCCGUUCGAUCAACAGCAUUGUUCUAUGGGCCUAAAAAUGUCGGGCAUCACCAAGGACUACAUUGCCCUAAAUUAUAGAAAAGACAGCAUAACCUUCAGCGGGAGAAGAAGAAUGUUGGAAUAUGUACUCGUGAAAGAGACUAUUGACAACGGAGAUGUAGGCAACUACAGCGGCGUGGAGGUGCAGCUGUACCUGCGCAACCUGUCCAACUUCUACAUCACCUCCACCUACGUCCCGACCUUCAUCAUCGUCGUCAUCGGCUACCUAGUGUUUUUCUUCCCGAUCACUAACUUCAACGAGAGGAUCAUGGUCGGCCUGACGGGGUUGCUGGUGGAGGCCACCUUCUUCUCGCAGGUCAACUCGUCUAUUCCUCACACGGCGUAUAUGAAGCUGGUCGACAUCUGGAUGGUGUUCUGCAUCCUCACCCUGUUCCAAGUGGUUGUUUCGGUCGUGGUUCUGCAUUGGAUCUUAGAGGAGUCCAGUCGGGCACCUCUGAUCAAGGUUGAAGUGUCAGGAUCCAGUAUCAACAGGAAUGUGGCAGAAUGGAGGAAGAGGAAGGCAGUGAAGAUGAAUCGCUUUUGUCGCUUCUUUACGCCAGUCGUCACCGUCAUUUUUCUUUCAGUAUAUACUGUUCUGGCUGCGCAGGUGUAA